AUGCAGCUCAAAAAGCUAGAACCCGCUGAGACGCUACGAAGCCGGGACGACCAGUUCCAUAAAAAACAACAUGUCAACUUGUACACCGCAGCAGUUGUCUUCUUUAUCACUCUCAGCUCCGCUGCUUAUGGUUAUGCAGGCUCUGUCAUCGCGACAACCCUCACACAACCGUCUUUCGUCGCACACUUCAAAUUGGACACGACUCCAAAUGCAGAAUCUAUCACAGGAGCCAUGAACGCACUGUUUUACACUGGCGGCAUACUUGGCAGUUUCUUCGCAGGAUGGAGCAGCAAACAAUUUGGACGCAAAUUUUCGGCGGGAUUUGGAAAUAGUCUUCUCAUCAUUACUGGCGCGCUGAUGACUGCAUCUGUCAAUCCGGCCAUGUUCAUUGCAUUCCGUUUUUUCAGUGGUUUCGGCGCGAUGGUCAUUCUUUCUAGUGUCCCCAUUUGGGUUGCUGAACUAGCUCCACCCCGCCUCCGAGGCAUACUUACUGACCUACACGCCGUGAUGAUGAUGGUCGGGUAUACACUUGCUUGCUAUGUCGGAUUAGGAUUCUACUUUGUUUCAGGCAACAACCAGUGGCGAGGGCCCAUCGCGCUUCAGAUGGCACUACCAGUUGUUAUCUUAUGUGGCUUAUAUUGGUUACCAGAGUCACCGCGAUAUUUGCUGUCGAAGGAUCGUGUUGAGGAGGCCCGUGAAAUCAUCCUUCGGAUGCAUUCUAGUCCAGAUGAUCCUGAGCAAGAAUUUGCUCGACGGGAAUUCUACCAAAUGAAGAAGCAAAUUCGACUUGAUGCAGAAUUUUCCACAUCAUACUGGAGCCUUUUCAAGAAACCAUCCAUGCGAAAGAGGUUGGCGAUUACUAUUUUCCUUGAGUUUGCGCUCAUGAGCUCGGGUAUCUUGGUUAUUUUGAAUUACGGCUCUAUAAUUUGGAAAUCCCUUGGUUUCAACAGGGUUCAGAUCCUCAACUUCCAAUGCGGUUUCCAAUUAACAGGCUUCGUCUUCAACAUCAUCGCCAUGACAUUUGUCGAUCGUGUGCGCCGUCCCUGGCUAAUUGCUGGUGGUCUACUAAGCUGCGGAGCCCUAGUGGGCACUCUUACAGCUCUACAAAGUUUCUACCUGGGGACCGAGAACCGUGCCGGGCUGGGCGCAUGCGUCGCAAUCAUUUUCCUCUUCCAGGCCGCCUUCUCACUUGCUCUUGAUGGGCCUACAUACUUUUAUAUCGCCGAAAUUUGGCCUUAG